UGUCUUUAUCACUCUACUCUGAUGGACAUUAACGGUACUGCAACGACUCCUUAAGCCAUUUGGAAUGUUGGGGGUGUGGUGGUUAUGAGAGGUCUCAAUAUGGAAUUCUCAGUGGGCUGCAGAGGGAGCAAGCCUGGGACUGUUGAAGCUGAAAGUCCAGCAGAGUCUGCUGCAUCUGUGUUUGCUGCCUGAGAAGCUCCACUGUGCCCUGUUGAUCUUCCUCUCCUCUUCCAGGCUGUCUGCAUUGUUCAUCCUCCAGGCCCUGUGCUUAUGGUCCAAUGCAGCGCUGGCUUGCAGGAUGUCCUGGAACAUGUUAUUCUGAGUCCUCCUCUUUCUCCACCUUAUGUGGCUCUGCAAAUGUGGAGGGGGAAACUCCGAAGGCCACAGUGGCAACAGCUGAAGAUAAAACACACAGCGGGAGAAGUGGUACAUUGGUUGGCUUGUGCUCUAUAUGUUGCUUGUCGUAAAAGCAUACUUCCCACUGUUGGAAGUGGCCUUAUGGAAGGAAACUGUGUUUCACUGACUAGGAUACUACGGUCAGCCAAACUAAGUUUAAUUCAGUUUUUUAGUAAAAUGAAAAAGUGGAUGGACAUGUCAGACCUGCCACAGGAAUUUCGGGAACGAAUGGAGAGGUUGGAGAGAAACUUUGAAGUAUCAACUGUGAUUUUCAGAAAGUUUGAACCAAUAUUUUUGGAUGUAUUUCAAAAUCCUUAUGAAGAAACACCUAAACCACAAAGGAGCAGGAAACAGAGAAGAAAGUGCAGUGUUAAAGAAUUGUUCAACUUCUGCUGGACGCUCUUUGUUUACACCAAGGGUAAUUUUCGUAUGAUUGGAGAUGAUUUAGUAAAUUCCUAUCAUUUGCUUCUGUGCUGCUUGGACCUGAUUUUUGCAAAUGCCCUUUUGUACCCAGAUAGGAGAGAGUUGCUAAAUCCAGCAUUCAAAGGUUUACCAGCAGACUUUCACACUGCUGAAGUCAAGGCCUCUGAAGAGCCUCCUUGCAUCAUUGCCACACUUUGUGAACUACAUGAUGGACUUAUGGUAGAAGCCAAAGGAAUAAAGGAACACUACUUUAAACCAUACAUUUCAAAGCUCUUUGAUAGGAAGAUUUUAAAAGGAGACUGCCUCUUGGAUUUUUGCAGCUUUGCAGAUAACAACAAAGCAUUGAAUAAGGAGUAUGAAGAGUAUGUUUUAUCAGUGGGUGACUUUGAUGAGAGGGUUUUCUUAGGAGCAGAUGCAGAAGAAGAAAUUGGAACUCCCCGAAAGUUUGCUGCUGACGUGCCAAUGGGGAAAACAACAACAAGAGCUCACGUGGAGUGUCAUCUUCAGCAGCAUUUUGAAAAGAAAAAAUCAUUUGCACCUUCUACACCACUGACAGGAAGGAGAUACCUGAGAGAGAAGGAAGCAGUAAUCACUCCUGUUGCUUCAGCAACACAAAGUGUGAGCCGUUUACAGAACAUUGUGGCUGGUUUGAAAAAUGCGCCAAGUGAACAGCUUAUAGCUAUCUUUGAGUCUUGCGUACGCAACCCUAUGGAAAGCAUCUUGAAUCGAGUUAAAGAAAUAGGUGAGGCUUUCUGUCGGAGUUAUACUAAAUCAACAGAUGACCAGCCAGGAUCUCACAUAGAUUUUGCUGUUAACAGACUAAAACUGGCAGAGAUUUUGUAUUACAAAAUUUUGGAGACGAUAGUAGUACAAGAAACACGAAGAUUGCAUGGGAAGGACAUGACAGCUCUUUUGGAGCAAGACAUUUUCCAUCGUUCCCUGAUGGCAUGUUGUUUGGAGAUUGUGCUAUUUGCAUAUAGCUCACUGCGAACUUUCCCUUGGAUUAUUGAGGUUCUUGAUCUCCGACCAUUCUAUUUUUAUAAGGUGAUUGAAGUAUUGAUUCGAUCUGAGGAAGGACUCUCCAGAGACAUGGUAAAGCACCUCAACAACAUUGAAGAACAGAUUCUGGAGAGUCUAGCCUGGACCAGUGACUCUGCCCUAUGGAAAGCUCUACAAGCCUCAGAAAACAAGGUCCCAACCUGUGAAGAAGUAAUAUACCCAAGUAAUUUUGAAGCCAGUAAUGGAGGAAGUGGACUAGGGCACCUCCCUCUGAUGCCAGUAUCUCCUAUUGUGCACCCCCGCUUGAAAGAGGUUCGCACAGAUCUUGGUGGGAGUUUACGACGGGACAUGCAGCCGUUGUCUCCGAUCUCUGUUCAUGAGCGCUACAGUUCUCCUACAGCUGGAAGUGCUAAGAGAAGGCUCUUUGGCGAUGACAGCCCAAAAGACAUGCAGGUAGAAAAGGUUCUGUCUGAAGGAACUAAAUUGAAAAUUGCCCCAGCUUCAAGCGUUGCCGCUGAAAACGUGUCUCUCUCAACGGGACAGACAAUUUUGACCAUGGCAACAGCUACUGUAACAGGGACAAUGGGACAGAAAGUUACAAUCCCACUGCAUGGUAUUGCAAACGACACUGGAGGGAUUACCUUGAUUCCCAUUUCAGUGAAUUUGUCUCAGCAGUCUAAAGUGGAGAGUCAUGGACAAGUACCUCUCACUGCUCAAGCUUUAACUGGUGCAUCUCCAAACCAUUCCCGUAUGAAUCAAGCACAGGAAGCACAUCAGUCGGCAGGAAGCAAACCAAAGAAAACUGGCUCCAUGGCACUGUUUUACAGAAAGGUGUAUCAUUUGGCAAGUGUGCGCUUGCGUGAUUUGUGCUUAAAACUGGAUGUUUCCAUUGAGUUGCGCAGGAAGAUAUGGACAUGUUUUGAGUUCACAUUAGUUCAUUGCACUGAUCUAAUGAAAGACAGACAUUUGGAUCAGCUCCUCCUUUGUGCCUUUUACAUUAUGGCAAAGGUGACCAGAGAGGAAAGAACUUUUCAGGACAUAAUGAAAAGCUACAGAAACCAGCCACAAGCAAAUAGCAAUGUUUACAGGAGUGUUUUGCUGAAAAAUAGUCCCAAAGAGGUCACAUCAGAAAAUACAAAUUCAAACCAAGAUGUGGAGAUGACAGGUGGUGACUCUCCUGGGAAAGUGUGUCUUUCACCUGUAAGAUCAACACCAGAGAACUCCAGUGAAUCAGGAAAGGAGGAGAGAGGAGAUCUGAUAAAAUUUUACAAUGCAGUCUAUGUAGGAAGAGUAAAAUCAUUUGCACUCAAGUAUGAUGUCACAAACCAGGAUCAUGUAGUGGAAGCCCCUCCACUUUCCCCAUUCCCCUACAUUAAACAGCAGCCAGUGUCUCCUCGGCGGAUAUCCCAGCAACACUCUGUUUAUGUUUCACCACACAAGAAUGGUGCCUGCCUGACUCCUCAGACUGCUCUACUAUACAAGUUUAAUGGGAGCCCUUCUAAGAGUUUGAAGGACAUCAACAAUAUGAUAAAACAAGGUGAACACAGGAGUAAGAAGCGAGCAAUUACAAUUGACAGUGACAGUGAGUCUCCAGCAAAACGACUCUGCCAGGAAAAUGAUGAUGUCUUACUAAAACGUCUUCAGGAUGUUGUCAGUGAAAGAGCAAAUCACUAACAUCUACAAGGGACUGAAGCCUCCAGAGUUCAUCACACCUGGGACACAGCUUUUCCAUCUUUCCAGCUGUGGUGUGUGCAGGCAGUUUACUAAUGUGUAAAAUUGUACUGUCACCUGACUUCAGUAGGAAUGCAAAAAGGAAGUGUUAAGGACUGAACUGUGGGGAAUUAGAGGCUAUGAUCACAUUAACUUAAUUGCUAUCAGGCAUGCUGUGAAUCUAUCUGCUGAUUAGCAUGUUGAAAUGGUUCUUUGAGCGAUGUCAGAUAUUCACCUCUAAUCUUCUAGUUUAGCGGUUCUGGUUUGAGCGUGAGGGCCAGCUCCUAGUUUCAGUGGUUCUGUUUUUGAAAUUGAAUUGACUGGAUGUAGGAAAGCAGAAGGGGCAAUCACUAUACUCAGCGUUUGCGGAUCUGUUUGCAGGGAAACACCUCAAGUGCCUUUUUGUUUUUACAUGAAGAUUAUAGAAUCUUAUGCAUUACUUUAAUGUGGACGGAUCAGGAGACAACUUUUGUUUUACUACAUUAAGGGUUACAUAAACCCAUCUGUUCUUCGUUCUGCAUUCUAUAUUACGUGAAAAAAAGUCACCUUUUAUGAAAGACUUGAUAAUGUGAUUUGACCAGGGUUAAUUUUUGGCUUUUGUAGCUGAGUAUAACUGGUAAAAUGCUGUUCUCCAGCUAUUUUCAGAAUGUCAACUAAAGUGAAUGUUGUGGCAUGGAUUAAGUAUGUUUCUUAUGGUUUGGGAGAGAAAUCAGCAAGUACAACUGCAGAGGCAUAAAUUGAAUGCACACUUCUUCUAGAGUGUUGGGGAUAUGUUUCUAGGAGCCUCUUCUGAAUUCAGCUUCCUCCAGAGCAGUGAAUGCUGCCACUGGCGACAGAUCUGAAGCACUCCUUCCUUCUGCACGCAGCCUCUGCAGCACUAAAUAUUCAUAGAUACUGUAUCUUAACUGAAAAGGUUAGCGUGUAUCAAUAAUGGUUAAACAGUUCUGGGCUUUGGCCAUCAGUUACUGCUGUCACAAUGUGUGAUGAUUCACUUAAUGAACUUAAAAAAUUUCUUUUUUUUUUUAGGAUUUUUAUAUUUUUUUCUGACCCGUGUACCCUCCUAUGUUGUGUAGUAUCUACACAGAUUAUAAGCCCGAACAGAUGAGGCAUGUUUGUACAUUUUUUUUUUGUAGCUAUUACAGACGUGUAGCUUUAGAUUUGUUCCAAUGGCAAUGUGUAAAAUUCCAGCAAAACUCCUACAUCUUAAAUGUUAGAGAGAAUUUUGAUAGGAUUGUUUUAUCAAGAUGAAGAAAACUUAAUGUUUAUAUAAUACUGUUUAUAAGCAGUAGUCUAAUUUUAACAGUUGAGAUUUUUUUUAAAGCUUAGAGCCAUAAGGUAAUUCUGUGUUGUACUUUUCUGUUCAAAGUUGCUAUAAGCAUCUUAUACUUACAAACUUGAACUGUCUUUUUAAUGGACAACUCUUUUCUAGAGCUCUGACUAUUUUACUUAGCUUUUAUUAGCUUGGUUAUUGAGCGCGCCAGGAUUUGAUGCAUCAUAAUUUUCAGUGGAAGGAAAAAGUUAUGUCACAUGUUACAGUCUCACUGAAUUAAUCUGGUAACAGAACUGGAAAUCUGGUGGAUGAAAUUGAUUAUAAAGGAGAGCACUUUGGUUUACAUAUUCACCUUGGUAAUCAGCAGUAAAGGGAAAGUUCACAAGUCCCCUAAGGUUUUGAUUAACUUUUUGAAGGUUGCCAUUGUUUUGACUGCUCUGAAAAACGUAUUUUGCCUUUUGAAAAUGAAGACUGCAGUCUUAUAAAGUGGCAUAACAAAAGAUAUACUAAUCUUAGCUCCGAUUAAAGUUAACUCCUUUUAAGUAUGUGAUAACGUUAACAGUUGAAAAAACACAUAAUACCAACUUCCAGUCUUGAGUUACUGACAAGAUGCAUUUGUGCAUGGGUAAUCAUGGUCCUGAGCACAGCCCUGGAAAACCUACCUUGUUGUGGAAAGAGAUCUUGAAUUAGACUUCACGUAAAUGGAGCCAGUUGUGCUUGAAUCUCUGCAUGAGGGUUAUAUUCCUCAAGAAAACUAGGCUAGGAUAGUCUGUUGGACAGUAAAGCUGUCACUCAGCAGUAUUGGAUGAUGCAAUAAUUUAGUCACUUGGUUUUAAUUUCUCAUCAUGUGUAAACCUAUUUUAUUUCUUAAGAGGUAUGCCCUGCAGACUGUUUCAGUUUCUCUGAUCUUGAAUUAAAAUAAUGGUUCUGAAAUUUGUUUGUUAUGAUUAGGUUUAGUGUUUUUUAUUAAAACUUAAAGUAUUAGUUGGAUUUUUAAUUCCUUUUCAUAAUAAAUUUGACCCAGAAUAGAUGCUAAUGUUGAUAGAGCAAAGUAAAUUUUCGACUUGAACAGUUUGCCAAGCUGUUAGGUUUUAAAGUUUUGUUAUGGUUUAAAAGUGCCUUCAUUUGUAAAUAUGUAUUUUACCAUAAAAAGUUCUUUAAAACUG